UAGCAACUCGCAACUUUGAAAUUAGAGCCACAAAAGGAAGCUAAAGAAGCGCAUGAGCACGUUGCAAAACAUCAUUCGUCACAAUGGCAUCCCUUGAAAGUGCAAAAAAACUGGCAGCCUACAAAGCUGUGGAUCUCCACGUGCAAAACAACUUCGUUGUGGGUGUAGGAAGCGGCUCCACUGUGGUUUACGCCGUUGAAAGGUUAGCCGAACGUGUGAAAAACGAAAAAUUAAAUGUACAGUGUGUCCCAACAUCGUUUCAAGCUCGACAAUUGAUCAUUCAACAUAGGCUGGACUUAACUGAUUUGGAGAUAAAUCCGAGAUUAGAUGUUUGCAUUGAUGGUGCUGAUGAAGUUGAUUGCACCUUGACAUUGAUUAAAGGAGGUGGGGGAUGCUUGCUGCAGGAGAAGAUUGUUGCUAGCUGCGCCAAGGAAUUAAUUAUUAUAGCGGAUUAUACGAAAAAUUCACACAAGUUGGGAGAACAGUACAAAAAGGGAAUUCCAAUUGAAGUUGUCCCUAUGGCAUAUUUGCCCAUUAAAACACAAAUUGAGAAUCAGUUGGGAGGGACUGUUGAGCUGAGGAUGGCUAAAGCAAAAGCUGGGCCUGUGGUCACUGAUAAUGGGAAUUUUAUCCUAGAUUGGAAAAACUUCCAGGAUUAUAAAUGGGAAGCGAUUAACACCAAAUUGAAUCUCAUUCCAGGAGUUGUGGAGACAGGAUUAUUUGUUAACAUGGCAAAGAAAGCCUACUUUGGAUUAGCUGAUGGGUCGGUCAAAGAACAAAUUUAAUUUAUCCAGUGAUUUAUUUGAAGGAAUGUUAUUUAAAAAAUAUAUUUUUUUAUAUUUUUAUAUGUUGUGUUAUCAAAAUUUAAUAAAGCAGCCAUGCAACACA